GCGUUUCGUGCGAUAAACAGAGACAUCUAAGUAGUAGUAUCCUGGGCAUCCUCGGUCGAUAAGCAUGGCAGUGGAGUACGACCUGCUAUGGGACCUGGACAUAGAAGAAGACGGUGCUGAUCUUAAAAAUUCGUCUCUGGUGAGGAUGUAUUUGGACCGGACUACCUCCUAUAGCAAGACAUGGUGGUUGGAUAUGAAAGAAUCCGACUGGAACAAGCAACUUAUGUAUAGGAUUGAGGAGAAUGUUGACGUGAGCGGCAAAUGUGCGGAGAAUAUUGAGUUGGAGAAGAUCCUCAGGGGAGGAUCUGCAAAAGAAGAAGAAGAAGAACUGAUGACUUUAAUUGCGGAUAAAGUACUCUCCCCCCUUGAGCCCGUAGUCUCCCGAGACGGACUGAAGGACUUGGCAAGCGUAUUGGUAAAGGGAUGUCGUGAUCGGCUUAUUCUUCUCAUCAAUGACAACCCCAACUCAAACUCAAAGUUAUUCUCAAUUGGGGUUGCUGUAAGAAUACAACUCUCUGUAACAUUGCUACUAGGUGCCCCGACCCCGUAUCAAGAUUUCCUGUUGCAGCCGGAGGAGGAAGUUUUCGACCCGUCAUCUCCAAUGCCUCUGCCAAUUGUAGUGCCGGAUGGCUACGAUUUCUUCCAACUUGGCGUUGGUGCAAAAGAGGAUGAAGGAAAAACAUGUGCAAUUUGUUUUGGCAAGUACGAACCGCAGUGCCUCAUGAUUCGCCUCCAAUGUAUGGAUGAACUUUUCCCUAAUCCUAAGAAGCAUAUCCACAAGGAGAGCCACAAGGAGGCAAUAUUGCUGCCAUGUUACCACAUAUUUCAUGCAAAAUGCAUUGCAGGCUGGUUUAAGGUCCCAGGUUAUCAUAGCAAACAUCCUGAAACCGGUUAUAUUACUUGCCCUCUAUGCAGGUCAUGAGUUGACACGGGAGAUGAUAUGUUUGAUUAGUGUCAUGAGUUUUGGGUCAAGAUUAGAGUUGAUUUCAACCAGGAACCUGCAAGCUUAUACCCAAUAUGCUAUGACUAAUCCUCUGCCAAGAGAUAGAGUGAAAAUAGUAGGAACCCCCAGUGUAUAUAUCUGCUAGCCGAACAUCUGGGGUCUUCUCUUCCACCCUUUGGCAAAACAAAACACAGAGUUCUUGUUGCAUAUGGAAGAAACCUUCUCAUGAAUAUCAUCACAUUUACUCAACAGGAUCCAAACAGUAGAGGAAAACAGCAAUUCCAUAUUUUCAUGAGCCCAAACAUGGGUGUCAAUAAUUUACUAUAUUUUUAUGGUAGUUAUUCAU